AUGUGGAAGAAGGUAUUAGUCCCUCGAAUGAAUUAUCCAGCCGGCACAAUCUUCUCAAUCAGCCGCACCCCAGGACCAUACCUCUUUCAUGUAGUGACGUUCGCGUACGUGGGUAUCAUGGCAUACAUUGCCUGGGAUUCCUAUGCCAACCCGUACCACAAGGAUCGCAUACAAGCGUUCACAUCAAAAGCAUACCCUGAGUUGCAAGGGUGUCACACAAUGUAUAUGCUUCCUCUCACAUCAGGAGCUGUGGAUUAUCUUUCAGGCAAGUACUGGCCACAUGGUACUCUGCUAGGUCUCUUCCCUCCAACUGCUGCAUUUAUCACAGUAAAGGGGUUUGGUAUGAAAUGGCCUUGGAACGAGAACCUCACGGCUAUUGAGAAGAAAUUGAAUAACCUGUAA